UAAAUUUGAAGCAUGGGAGAGCUGACUUGGUUUCUUCACCUCUGCUUCUAUGAAUUCUAUUCCGAAAAUCUUCUAUUCCAAUUCCAACACCCAUUAAAGAACCAUCCCUUCAUCACCUGCAACUGAAUUCUUCUGUAUUGCACCUCAACAACCCUUCACUGUCUUCUACUGAUUUGAUUGUACACUUGUACGGAGGAGAUAAGGUAAAUAGCUAAAUAUUCAUAUUGUAUGCUACAUGCUUGUUGAAUUGCUUCAAUGGCGGUCUCACCAUGCUUAGUUAAGGUGUUCCCCUCUACUAUAUCCUUAAACUACCGAAAGGUCAUUUCUUUCACAUUAUCUCAACGCCGUGGAACGUUUAUCUCAAACUCUGCCGCCACAGUUUCACUCCUCAAAUCCAAACACCUCCCGCCAGACUUCACUCAGAAGCAGCUUCUGGAUACCCUUCGUCAGGAGAGCGAUGAAACCUCUGCUCUUAACCUCUUUGAAUGGGCUUUAGAGCAGCCUGAGUUUGAACCCAGUCGGCGGGUUUUCGAGGAAAUUCUUCGUAAGCUAGGAAAAGCAGGGUCUUUUGGUGCAAUGAGGCGAGUCUUGGAUGAUAUGAAAGAGUCCAAGGUUGAGAUUGGUGAAGGUACUUUCUUCAUCUUUAUUGAAAGAUAUGCUAUGUUUGAACUUUACGAUGAGGCUAUUGGUGUUCUUGAUGUGAUGGAACAUGAGUUUGCUGUGAAACCAGGAACCUUUAGUUACAAUUUGUUGUUGAAUUUUCUUGUUGAUGGGAAUAAAUUGAAGCUAGUUGAAAAUGUGCUGUCUAGGAUGUUAAGUGAGGGUUUAAAUCCGGAUGUCUCGACGUAUAAUAUACUGAUAAAAGCACUAUGUAAAGAAGGUAGGAUUGAAGAAGCUUUAAAUUUUGUGCAAGAGAUGUCUAGCCAUGGGUUCUGUUUUAACCAUUUUACAUACAACACUUUGAUAAGUGGCUUAUGCAAAGCAGGACAUGUUUGCUAUGCACUAGAUAUCUUGGAUUUAUUGCUUCAGGAGGGUUUUAGUCCCGAUUUAGUUACCUAUAAUACUGUGAUAUCUGGACUUUGUGAAGCGGGUGAAGUGAAGGAGGCAAUUGAGAUCCUCACGGAGAUGAUAUUGAUGGAAUGUUUACCUGAUAGUUUCACAUAUAACACUAUAAUCAGUGCCUUGUGCAAUGGGAAUCAAGUGCCACAAGCCAUAGAACUUAGCUGUGUUCUUACAAGCAUGGGAAUCAUACCGAAUGUGUUUAUAUUUAAUUCUCUGAUAAAUGGCCUCUGCUUGAGUAGUAAUUUCAGUAGCGCGAUGGAAUUGUUCCAAGAGAUGAGGACUGUUGGGUGCCAGCCAGAUGAGUUCACUUAUAACAUCCUAAUUGGCUACCUUUGUGCGAAUAAGAAAUUGAAUGAAGCGAUGACCCUUUUACAGGAUAUGGAAUCAAGUGGCUGUGCAAAAAGCGUAAUAACAUGUAAUAUAUUGAUUGAUGGCUUCUGCAAGAACAAGAGAAUUGAAGAAGCACACAAAAUUUUUGAGGAAAUGAAACUAAAAGGGAUCUCAAGGGACUUGGUGACUUAUAACACCCUUAUUGAUGGUCUUUGUAAGGCCAAGAGGGUAGAGGAGGCGGCUCAGCUUAUGGAUCAAAUGAUAACGGAAGGAUUAAAACCUGAUACAUUUACAUACAACUCCAUUCUUUAUCCUUACUGCAGAGCAGGUGAUGUCAAAAAGGCUGCUGAUAUUAUGCAAGCCAUGACUUCGAAUUGGUGUGAACCAGAUGUUUUUACUUAUGGUACGCUAAUUCAGGGGCUCUGUAAAUCAGGAGGAGUCGAGGUUGCUACUAGGUUGCUUAUAACCAUCCAGAUGAAAGGGAUGGUUCUAGCACCACAGGCAUAUAAUCCUAUACUCCUGGCACUCUUCAGACAAAAGAGACCGAAAGAAGCCAUGAGACUCUUUAGGGAAAUGGAGGAAAAAGCUGAUCCUCCGGACUAUUUAUCACAUAAAGUUGUUUUCCGCGGACUUUGCUCUGGUGGAGGACCCAUUGAUGAAGCCGUUAAUUUUGCUGUCGAGAUGAUGGAGAAAGGAUAUGUACCUGAGUUCUCUUCAUUCUCAAUUUUGGCGGAAGGGCUUUUCGCUUUAGCUAGAGAGGAGACUCUAGUUAAACUCAUCAACAUGAUCAUGAAGAAAUCAAACAUCUCAGAUAAUCAGGGCUUGAUUAAGGAUUUCCUUAAAACCCGAAACUUCCAAGAUGCAUUGGCCACUCUUAGCCGUGUCUUAAAUAGCGGUUAUUCCCAAGGGAAUUUGGCGAAGGGAAGAAUGAGAGUUGUUGAUGCAAAUGGGAAAGAAAUAUGUCAACAGGGAGGGGAAAAAAGGCUCUAUUUGUAAAGUUUCUCCAGUUUUGAAGCAUCUCUUUAGGUGUUAGAAUUUAGAGAUUAGGAAAGCAUAAAAGACUGGCUGCAACUAAUAUAAAGUCUUGUGUUCCUUCAACCUUCAUUUGUUUGGUGCAUGUUUUGGUUGUCUGG